ACAAGGAACUGAGAGGUACCUAUUUGGUAGCGUAACAAGUUGGACAAUUUGCACGGGCAUUUUUUUCCACCUCCCUUUUGGAUCUUGCUUCAUCCAGCUGACACUGCUUCAAAGCCUUAGGCAGCUUUCAGACUCAGAGAAGAAAUCAGUCCUAUUGGAGAUACAUAGAUGAACUGAUAGGCCAAAAUGAUAAAAUUGCAGAUGUUGCUGUGUUUGUCUGGCAUCAAAAAUCACUCUGUCCCAUCCUCUCAUGGCUGGAAUCACCUUCAGGACUGAAUGCCUCUCUCUCUUCACAUGGCAACUGUGUCUGUGACAGAGCAGGAGAGCUGCAGAGGAUGAGCUCCCUGGUCAGCACCUCACACCUCCAGCUUGCUGCCUUUGCUCUGGGCACCAUAGGCUGGAUCCUGUGCACUGUUUCAAUGGGAAUUGUGGAAUGGAGAGUGUGGCAUGUGGACAACACCACUGUCAUCUCCUCUGGCAUUGCCUGGGUGGGGAUUUGGAAAGUCUGCUUCAUCAGUUACCUUCAUGUCUCACCUGGCUAUAGAGAACAGUUUUGCCAUAAAUUCAGUGGCUAUGACUCCUUCAUCCCCUAUGAAAUUUAUGUUGCUCAGGGUCUCAUGUUGAUUGCCAUGUUCAUGGGCUUGCUGGGACUGGCUGCUACAAUAUUUGCUCUGAGAAACGUGUAUAUGGGAAUCACUCACAAAACUCUCAUUGCUCCGUUCUUCCUGGUGGGUGGCUUCUUGUACAUAUUUGCUGGUCUGUGUGUCCUGAUUCCCGUGAGCUGGAAUUUCUAUUCUGUAGCUCACAACCAGAGCAUAGCUUUUCCUCCUUCUUACUACAUGCCCUCCAGUCCAGAGGCACAGGAAGCUGGUGCUGCCAUUCCUGUUGGGAUUGUGGCUGUCAUCCUCCUGCUGCUAAGUGGGACAUUUUCUCUCUCAUACAGAUUUCCCAUGACUGCCAACACUAUCACGAAAUCCUGAAGGCACAAAUCUCCCAUGCUGUUUCAGAACAAGAGCAUAGUCAAGAGAUAGGGACAGCAGCAUGAGUGGUUGUAAAGUUAAGUUUAAUUUUAUUCUAUAGUAGCCAUGCUAUUUUCCUAUAUGAACCAGUUGAGUCACCAUCUUAGUACUCACCUAUUGCCAGAGGUUUGUUUUUGAGAUAAUUGCUGUUGAGCAGCAAAUGUGAUUAAAUUUUGCCAGUUGUCCUCUUUUGUAUAUACAAACAUUACUGACUAAUUUAUUUUUUUGGUGUAAAAUACUUACUAUGCUUAAAGAGCUGACUUUGAAUUAACUGUCCUGUAAGAAAAAUGUGAAGUAACAUGUAUUAAAUGUGAAUUUCUUUCCUUGUUGGUACUGAACUCUUUUGU